GAUCCUCCUCAUCCCUCCGCUCUCAGCAUCAUGAAGACUCUCUGCUUCUCUCUGGGACUGCUGCUGCUUGCAGCCUGCUGCUGUGAUGCCAUCCCGAAAGGCGUCAAGUUCAGCACAGCUCCUGGAACCUGCUGCUUCAACUUUAAAAUAAAUGCAAUACCGGUGAAGUUGGUGUCCUUCAUCACCCAGACGCACAGCUCCUGUCCCAAGAAGGCAUACAUAGUCCACACUGUCAAAGGAAAAAAGAUCUGCUACACUCAGAGCUUCCAGUGGGCUCAGGACAUGUAUCGGCUCCACAACACUGAAGGCAGCAGCUAGCCACCACCAAGAUCGUCAGCUAUCGGC